CCCUUGUCCUGCUGUCACUCAUGUACUCUAUAGCUCUUUUAAAGUAUUAUUUCUUAAAACUCAUACACUUCUAUUUACAAUUUUAUGAUUAUUUCACAAACCAAAUUGACUCUUCUGGAAGACUAUGCUGCUACCAGCAGCAGAUAUUUGAGUGAAACAGGAGGAGAGAGCCUAUCCCCUUUAUAAUCAGCCGUUCAAAGAUGGACUUGAAAAAACCUGGCAUGUGAUUGUUAAGUAGGUCACAGGAAAGAUUCUGGUUUCAGUUAAUUUAUAAUAGCAGUCCUAUUAUUAAAACUGAUUGCUAGCAGAUUUUAGGGUAGUUGCGGAUAUCAGGAUUGUGACUCCCAUGUUACACAUUCACAAAUUGAGGACCAAAGGUAGAUAUUGAAUUAAUUUAUGGUGCUUAUGCCAGUGUCACAGCCACUAAUUGAGCUUAAUUUAUGAGAAUGUCAGUCCUGUGCUGUCGUAUGUUACUCUGUUUCUUAUUCUUUCAAAUACUUUUCAUUAUAUACUCAGAAAUGAGAAACUACUUUUAAUGGCAACCUUUCGGCAUUUGCUGUAGUAUGUAGGAGUAUGAGAUAUGUGUGUACCAGGGGGAGACUGGUCAGAGUGCUUCAGAGGGCUGUGUGGGCCCAUCUACUUUAUGCUAAAUGCUACUGCCACUGAGCUCAGGAGGAGCUUUAUACUCUGUGUUGCACAGUAGCAUGCUAUUAGCCAGUAUAAUUUAGUGUACUCAUGCUUUCAGAUGGCUGAUGGAGAACCAGAAAGAAAUGGGUUGUUUGUAUCACUAUUUGUAAAGUAUGAUGUAUGUGGAACUUCUCAAAAGGUAACAAGUAGCUAUAUUCAGAGUGGUAGCAGUAGGUUUGCAGCAAGGUGUGCAGUUUGGUCUAAAACACAGUCUAUCACUGCUGGUGAUAGAAGAACAGAAACUAAGUUGGCUAUUAAUUUCAAGUGAGUUUGGGCGAACAAGAGGGAGGAAACAACCACUUGACAUUAAGGACACUCUGGUAGCUGUCUGCUGUAGGGCAAUUAGCAUGGGAUGCCAUGGUAUUGGUUGUUUGUAUGUUAACGACUUAUGGCAGUUCAUUCUGUUGAACGCUGCAAAAAGAAAUGGUCAUUGUCUUUUGUCUCUGACUACAGUCCUGUGCUACAGUGUCAAGGUGAUAACAAUUUCUGACUCUUCCUAUUUGUUUUCUUAGUGCUCAAGGAAGAACAGAGCAGCUGUUUUUUAGUGCUUUGAGCCUGAACUUCAGUGAAUGAAGCAAUGGAUGCAGUGUGUCACCAACCAGCACGCACUGUUACUGUCAUGCACUGCUGUGUCCAAAGCCUGACAGCAACCCCCAGCACCUGUGGUAAAAUGAAGAACUGCAAUGUUUGCUUUAGGCUGGCAUGAAGAUGAAUGAAGCAGCAAGAGGAGGUGACUGUCUGAAGGAUUUCUGAGUGUGUAUCUCUGGAGCUGUGGAUCAUUCUUGGUGCCUUUCCCAACGAGCAGGUCCUUAACCAGCCAAGAUGCCCAUCCGCGUGGAUCAAAUGAUACAACUGCUUUGCCGUGUUGCUCAGGAGGAGGGAAUGACAGCAGCUGUCAAGCACUCUGGUGAAGGAGCACUCCUGGCAGGCGUUACCGCGUUUGUUGGGGGUUUGCUUGGAGGUCCGCGUGGCAUCGCUGUAGGAGGAGCAGUUGGUGGACUGCUUGGUACCUGGAUGACCAGUGGACAGUUCAAGCCAGUCCCUCAGAUCUUAAUGGAGUUGCCUCCUGCCAAGCAGCAGAAACUCUGCAAUGAAGCCAUCGCAAUAGUCAGGAACCUAGACUGGUUUGAUAUUUUUCAGCUGACUGUACUUGUAAUGGGAAAUGCUGACCUAAAGUUAUUGCUGGCAAGAGCCAUCGAAAGGUUCUUAACCAGAGAGUUAAGUGCUCAGAUAGAGUAUAAAGAAUAGACCUUUUUUGGGCCUGGUUUCUAGAUUUUGUUGAAUUUUACUUUGACAACUGUGAUUCUCUGAUGUAGCAAUUAUUAGGAUUAGGAUCAUCAUUGUAGCUUUCAUUUCUCAGCUGAUUCUGAAUAUUCUGUUUUCAUUUAAAAAAAAAAAAUCCUAAAAAGCAUCACAGUGGUCUCUGUUUUGUUUUAGAGGAAAGGAAUUGAUUGAAGAAGUGGGCACUUAGAAUCUCAGCCAAUUUUUCACUUUUUAUUUCAAGGCAAUCAGGAAACUAUUUAUUAGGUUUGAUGUACACAGAUCUUCUUGGGUGGAGGCAUGUACCUAUUU